AUGGGCUUCGAGCAAAGCCUGCAUGAGGCCAUCUACCGGCGGGGCAAUGGAGGAAACGCCCUGCUAGUGGGUGUCUAUGUCGACGACUUGGUGAUCACCGGUACCAAGGAUGCGGAGGUGGCGGCAUUCAAGGAAGAGAUGAAGGCCACCUUCCAGAUGAGUGACCUAGGACCUCAAUCCUUCUACCUGGGGAUCGAGUUGACCUCGAUAGACCACCUAUGCCAAGCUGUGAAGAGGAUUAUCUGCUACGUUGCGAGGACUCUCGACCAUGGUGUCUACUACCCGAGGUGUCCUGGGGAGGCACACUUCAUCGGGUAUAGCAAUAGCGACCGCACCGGAGACAUCAACACCAGCAAGAGCACGAGCGGGACCCUCUUCUUCCUCGGCAAGUGCCUCGUUAGCUCGCAGUCUGUCAAGUAG